AGUGGUAAGGGUGGAGAACGGAGGCGGACGAGGAGAAAAAAAAAAGACAAUAACAAAAGAGGAAUAAAUAAGAAAGAGAAGAGAGACGAAAAGGAGAGACAAAGGGACAACAGGACGUGAGAGCACGGAAGUCGGGAGAAGUUGAAGGAGUUCAGUUGACGCUGGAGGGACGAGCCAAGAGGGGACCGGAGCAAGUGGUCGCGACGGACUUCGGGCUAAGCUAAGUGGGCUAACGCUUUAGCGCCACGGUCCUGCGGCAGCCGUUGAGCCGCUGCGAAGUUGAGAGGAGGGAGGCAUCUCAGCGUUUCCUAUGUUUUCCCCGAAUUGCACCGCUCUCAAAUUGUUUCUUUCAUUCGUCCUCCCUCUGGGAUUUCAACGUCUACUCCUCGUUGGUCACAGGCCUGCACCGUUGGGUUUUCUCGGGGUUUUUUUUCCCAUUUCUCCACCACCAUUUGAAGGUCGUGAGUAGAACUGACUGUUCAGGACGAUAUAUUAGCUUGGACAUUGCUUGUGAACAUUAAGUGUUUAGUGGGCCUGCCUUAUGUGCUGCCUUAUGUGAAAAGUAUAUGUUGUUUUCCAUUUUUUGUUUGUUUUGUUUUCCUAAAACUUAAAAGUAUUCACAGCUUACAGUUCAAUGGUGAUUAACAGUGAGGGUUCCCUGUCACCGUAGUUAAUAAAGUGAAGCUGAGUAAUUUUGCCUGAAUUUCUAUUUCUCUGGGUCAUAUUUGUUACAAACCAGGUCAGUGGUAUUACCUACAUAAUGGGGUACCUCAUUAAUGUCGAACCCAAGCACCCACCAUUUUAGUUUUUCUCAUAGAGUGGUUUAAGGUGCUACAUAAAGUGGUGGCCCGUACGGGGAAAUGUAAAAAUAAAUAAAUAAAUAAACUAAAAUAAAAUAUUUCUAGUCUGACCCAGAGAAACAAAAAAAAAAAAAAAAACUAGUUUAAACUUGCUCAGUUUGCUUAACCUAACCUAACUAAGCACUAAUCCUAUAGAGAACUAUAGUAAAGGUCAUGGGGAUGGCUCAGUUGAGGCACUGGUGUAAGGGCGAAGGUAUUGACCCAGAGUAUGCCAUAUUGGUUAAGAAUGUCCCAGAAGAGGUAGAGGUGAAUGCCAUUGAAGAAACUCUGCAGUCAAUCAAAGCACUUGGUCGGGUUAAAGUGAGAGGCAGGAUGUAUGAUCCGCAGACUCAACGUUUAACUGUGCUGUGUGAGUGUAGGCAGAAAGUCAAUGCAAAAGCCUGUCCACUGGAUGUCUUGCCAGAGGGCUCAGAUGAGCCAUGGAGAAUCUUUGGACCUUCUGAAGAGGAAAAUGAACCACAGAACUCUGGAAGUGGAUGUAACCCAUUUGUUGACUCGGGUCAAGAUUCCCCAUUUAGAACAUCCACCCCUGAAGCCAUUAUAAGAGCAGUUGGUGAAGUCCUUCAAAUGACAAAUCCUCGUUCAAGCAGUGAGGGAAGCCCUUACCGACGUCUACGCACUUUCUCUGGAGUGCAACCCACUCCUCCAGGGGAGGAGACAUUGGAGAACUGGAUUGAACAAGCCAGGCUUAUGAUAGAAGAGUCUGAUCGACCUGAGAGAGAAAUGAAAAUGAGAGUUAUGGAAAGUGUGAAGGGUCCAGCUCUGGAAAUAUUGCAGGCCGUUCGAUUCAACAACCAUGAUGCAACCGCUAUGGAGUACCUCGAAAUAUUGGAGAGCACGUUUGGCACGCCUGAAACUGGAGAAGACCUGUACUUCACAUUCAGACAGCUAUGUCAGCAACCGAAUGAGAAGCUCUCUGAAUUUCUGAGGCGCAUGGAGCGAGUUCUCAAUAAAGUUGUUAAAAAGGGUGGCCUGCAGUCAGCUACCGCCAACCAAGCACGUAUUGAUCAGCUCAUUAAAGGUGGCACUCGAUCAGAUCUAAUGAUGUUAAAUCUUCGACUGAGAGAACGCCGGCAAAAUCCCCCUCCAUUUCUACAGUUGUUGAAUGAAAUACGGCAUGAAGAGGAACACGAAGCUUCCCGUCGUAGAUUACAACCUCCCAAAGCUGUGUAUGCUAAAAGUACCAUUGCAGUGCCAGACAAAGAGGUGAUGGAUCUGAAAGCCGAAAUACAAGGGCUCCGCACGCAAGUGAGUGAAUUAACUAUCUCAUCAUUCACGCCAAGCACUGCUGCUGCCACUUCUGAGCUAACAGUCAACCCACCGAAAGUGACAGUAGAAGAUAAAAGCAUGCAAGCUUUGAGAGAAGAAGUUAGAGAGCUCCGAGAGCAAGUUUCUGUUCUGUCUCUUCGACCCAGUUACCGCUCCACUACAAUGUCACAUCACGAUGAAGUCAAGUCAAAUUCAGUAUCCCAAAGACCUUUCACACCAAGGGACUCGAGUGAUUUUUUCUGCUACUGGUGUGGGGAGGAUGGGCAUUUUGCAACUAAAUGCACAGCCCCAGAGAACUACCCUAAAGUAAUACAAAAGUUGAUACAGGUGCAAAGAAAACAAAGAACAAACCAGAAACAAAACAGCAACACAAGAACAAAACCUACCAAUGUGGAUGUAAAGAGAAGCGCUAUCAUGGUAGAGACCAGUGGCUUACCAGAGGGACUAAUUGGACCUCCUUCCCUUGCCGAAGUGAAAAUCAAUGGCAAGAUUUGCACUGCUCUGAUGGACAGUGGGUCCCAAAUAACCAUCAUCUUUGACAGCUUUUACUCAGAACACUUGUCACAUGUCCCACUCCACCCGGUUACUGGUCUAUCCAUAUGGGGCCUCAGUGAAUCAAAGAGUGGUUACCCAUACAAAGGAUACAUCCACAUUGAUCUGGAGCUCCCUAGGCAGUCCAAGUCUGAAAAAAUCAAGUCAGUUCCGGUUCUGGCUUUAGUGUGUCCUGACCCACGUUGUUCUGAGACCGUACCAGUCUUGGUCGGCACAAAUGUCAAAGGGAUUCAGCCUAUCAACUUGAACCCAGAAGUGAAAGGCUCAGAGCAAGUCCACUCAGCCAGAGUCCAAGUGCAGGAACAAAGUUCUUUACCUGCCCAUAAACCACAGCUUGCAAAAGAUAUUAAAGACUUACCUGUGGCUGAUGUAAAGUGGACAGGGCCAGGCCCACUAAUCAUUCCUGUUGGCACAGAACACAUUGCCAUUUGUAAAGUCAAAGAGAAUAAAACAGUAGGAGACAGCAUACUAAUAACUGAACGUGCUGCCUCACCUGCUCUUCCACCAAGUGUAUUGGUCCAGCCCACGGUACUGUUCUCUAAGAUGCUAGAUAAGAACAGCUUUCUGGUGCUGCUGAGAAAUGAGUCAUUAAAGCAAACAGCUAUUCCAUUGGGCACCAUUAUUGCUCACCUGUAUGUAGUUGACAUGGUGAUGGAUGCCCCAGGAAGGAAGGUCAAUGCUGUUCCACCCAUUGACCCUUCUUUGUUCUAUUUUGGAGAUAUCUCAAUCAGCAGAGAAUGGAAAGAACGACUACAGCACCAGCUGUCCCAGCAUUCCAAUGUGUUUUCCACUGAUGAAUGGGAUGUAGGUUUGGCCAAGGGUGUGGAACAUCAUAUCCGUCUGACUGACAGUACACCCUUCCGGGAGCGUUCCCGCCGCAUAGCUCCUGCCGAUUUAGAUGACCUCAGGCGCCAUCUUCAAGGGCUGCUUGCAGCAGGCAUCAUAAAGGAAUCAAGAAGCCCCUACGCUUCACCCAUUGUCCUUGCCCGGAAAAAGAAUGGUCAACUGCGGAUGUGUGUCGACUAUAGAACCUUGAAUCGCAGAACCACCCCAGAUCAGUACACUGUGCCCCGGAUCAACGAUGCCUUAGACUGUCUGACGGGCAGUAAGUGGUUUUCUGUCUUAGACCUCCGCAGCGGCUACUAUCAGAUCCCUAUGGCUGAAGAGGACAAGGAAAAGACAGCCUUUAUAUGUCCUCUGGGGUUCUAUCAGUUUGAACGGAUGCCGCAGGGGAUAACAGGGGCUCCUGCGACAUUCCAAAGGCUGAUGGAGAAAGCGGUAGGAGAUAUGCAUCUGCUGGAGGUCAUAGUGUACCUGGACGAUUUGAUUGUGUUUGGCAGAACCCUUGAAGAGCAUGAAGAGAGGCUGCUUAAGGUCAUAGCACGCCUUGAGGAGGCUGGACUAAAGCUGUCCCUUGACAAGUGUCAGUUUUGUUGUUCACAAGUUACCUAUGUUGGCCAUAUUGUCUCUGAGCAUGGCAUUGCUACUGACCCCAAAAAGGUGGAAGCUGUAACCCGGUGGGAGCAGCCAACCGAUCUCUCCUCUCUGCAGUCGUUCCUUGGAUUUUGUGGCUACUAUCGGCGAUUCAUAAAGAACUAUUCCAUCAUCGUCCGACCUCUUACGGAACUAUGCAAAGGCUAUCCCCCCACCCAAAAGAGAAGUAAAUCUAGUCAGGGGACAUGCAAAACCUACUACAAGGUUAAUGAGCCUUUUGGCAGUCGAUGGGAUCAAUCGUGCAGUGAGGCCUUUCACCAGAUCAUUCACUGCCUCACAAAUGCACCGGUACUGGCGUUUGCCGACCCAACCAAACCCUAUACCCUCCACAUAGACGCCAGUUUGCAUGGCCUGGGUGCAGUUCUGAAUCAGGAAUACCCUGAAGGAAUGAGGCCUGUGGCUUUUGCUAGCCGGAAGCUGAGUGCAUCUGAAAAAAACUAUCCGGUGCACCAGCUUGAGUUUUUGGCUCUAAAGUGGGCUGUAGUUGACAAAUUCCAUGACUAUUUGUAUGGAGCUCAGUUUAAAGUGCAAACGGAUAACAAUCCGUUGACAUAUAUUCUUACAACAGCCAGGCUCAAUGCCACUGGUCAUCGAUGGCUUUCUGCCCUUUCAACAUACAAUUUCACAUUGCAGUAUAGGUUAGGGGCUCACAACAUCGACGCUGAUGCGCUAUCACAAAACCCCUUACCAGCAGAAGAUAAAGACUGGAAAACUAUGCUGCCUGAAAGUGUCAAAACACUGUGUAAGCAGGUCAACUCACAGAAAGUUUGCGAUGAGACAAUCACAAUAGCAGAGUCUCUAGGGAUCUCCCCUGAUGGCAUACCUGUCUGCUACGCUUAUCCAGUUCACCUCGAUCUGGGUUGCUUGAUGCGACUUAGCCACAACGACAUCGUCCAAGCACAGGAUGCAGACCCAGCAAUCGCUCCCAUCAAGCGGUCACUUUGCCAGGGUAUACCAUUCUCACCAGGGGAUAAAACUAUGGCUAAUUUGCUAAACAGGGAGGCGAGUAGACUGGUCAUCAAAGAUGGUUUGCUCUACAGAAAAGUUAAGAGACCCUCCGAAAUGGAAAUUUAUCAGAUAGUGCUCCCUAAAGAACAUGUCUCCAUGGUGUUAAAAUCACUCCAUGAUGAGUCUGGGCACCUGGGAGUGGAGAAAACUGUCGGACUCAUCCGUGACAGGUUCUAUUGGCCCAAGAUGGGAGCUGAGGUUGAGCAAUAUGUAAGAAACUGUGGAAGAUGCGUCACUCGUAAAGCACUUCCACAGCGAGCUGCUCCCUUAAAACAGAUAACUAGUCAAGGCCCUCUUGACCUUGUGUGCAUUGAUUUUUUGUCACUUGAGUCGGACUCACAGGGGUUUUCCAACAUCCUAGUAGUGACAGAUCAUUUUACACGAUAUGCCCAAGCUUUCCCAGCUAAGGACCAAACAGCUGCCACGGUGGCAAAGAUCCUUUGUGAGCGUUACUUUGUCCAUUAUGGACUCCCAGUAAGAAUACAUUCGGACCAAGGGAGGGAUUUUGAAAGCAGGCUGAUCCGAGAUCUCUUGAAGAUGCUUGGGAUUCGUAAGUCAAGAACGUCUCCCUAUCAUCCGCAAGGAGACCCACAGCCCGAAAGAUUCAACCGUACACUUCUGUCAAUGCUUGGAACCCUUGAUCCAAAGCAAAAGAACAAGUGGAGUCAAAAGAUAAGUCAGUUGGUUCACGCCUACAACUGCACUCAAAAUGAGGCAACAGGGUACUCGCCCUACUUGUUAAUGUUUGGACGAGAGGCCCGGCUACCUAUAGACAUAUGUUUCAGUGUGUCGGAUGAAAGUCAAAAGUCUGUCUCCUAUCAUCAGUAUGUCACCAAACUGAAGAAAGAUCUCGAGAGAGCUUAUGACUUGGCGACAGAGACAGCUGACAAGAAUCAUAAACGGAACAAAGCAGCCCACGAUAAGCGUGUGAAAGAACAAGUUCUGGAAAAAGGGGACAGAGUUCUACUGAAAAACUUUGGUGUUGCAGGAAACCAAAAGCUGAAAGCCAAAUGGAGACCCAUACCCUAUUUUAUUGUGGAUAAAUUGCCCAAUCUCCCCGUUUACAAGAUUAAACCUGAACGAGGUGGGGGUGCAGAGAAGACGGUUCAUCGGAAUCACUUGUUGCCUAUUGGAUACCUUGUGAGACUUCCAUUGGAUGACAGUGGCACAGAACCACCAGAAAGAUGCAGACCAAGAGCGCAACAAAAGGUGGGUGGACGCCUGAAGUCUUCCAACAAUGAAGAGGAAAUGUACCCAGAAUCAGAGUACGAGGAGGUAUUCUUACCCAAGCCACAGGGUGUCGAUUUGGAUGGACUACUGACUCAUCCAGAGUUGUCCAACAGAAUAUCUGGGCUCACUAUCAGUGAAAGUGAUAAAACAAGAUCAGUCCAGGAUUUGGGAGAACUGGAGGCAGUCUCUAGUACCUAUUCAGACAUUACUGCUAUUCCUGAUCCAACCCUUGAUCCAGUGGAGGAAACAGACCUCUAUCCACCACAGAUCCCUGCUAAAAGAUCACAGAGAGUUGCCCGACCUGUAGUUCGGUUGAGCUACGAUGAACUCGGAAAGCCUUCUGACCAGCCGGUGACAGUCUUCAGCCAUGGAGUGUUGGUGGGAAGUGGAAUCUACCAAGUCCCUAGAAGCCAGUUUUGCCAUACCUUCUGGUGCCACCCCAUGGCCAUUGGGGACAGUUUGUCCGGUGCGGGAUGGGGAUUGGUGGAGAGGAGGAGGAGGCGGGAGCAAUGGAGAGAGUGGUAA